AUGGACAAAACUAAUGAAACAAUCGAAACACGUUAUGAUGUUCCAAAUAAAUCGCAAUCAUCAUCAUCAAGUAGAAGACCAACGAAACAGCAACAACAUAAUAAUUUUAUCGCUAAUCUACGAAGAUUUUUUAAAACACAAAAAUAUACAAAAACAUUGCUAACAGUAUUCCUUGCUUCAUUGACACUGAUAAUCAUGUCUUUGGUUGCUUUGGCUAUUAUUCUUCCUCUUGUAUUGCAAAAGCAAAGCUUAACAACAGCUAGUUGUGUUUUGCCAUAUGUCCGAUCAUCAUCAACUGGAAAUUGUGUAAAUAUAUUAAUCGAUUUUAACAACUGUGGCGCAGAUGGAAAUAUAUGUUUGAGUAAUUAUACAAGCUGUUCGGGUGGCUUGUGCAGUACGGUACCAGUUAUCCAACUGACCAGUUAUACUUCAAUUUGGACUGGUGCUAUCAAUGGACCAUCGGAUGAUGAUACAUUUAAUAUGACUCUUCCGUUCGAUAUUCAAGUUUACACUACGACAUCUAGUUUUAUUCAACUAACGACUAAUGGUGUUAUUUGUCUAAGCACUUGUUCGGAUGCUUGGUUAGAAACUGCUUUGCCUAGUAGUUACUUCGGUGCUGCAGUUCUACCAUAUUGGGAUGAUCUGUUUAUUGAUUCUAAAACUUGGCAAGGUAUAUAUUAUGCAUCUCAAGGUACUACUCCUACUCGUACCCUAGUAUUGGAAUAUUAUACAAGUCGCUAUGGAUCACCGAGUGAGUAUUAUCAUUUUCAAGUGAAAUUUUUUGAAGCUACACCUGCCGUUGUUCAAUUUAUUUAUUAUGAUGCAUUUGACACCGGUGCAAGUUGUACUGUCGGUGUUCAGGGUACAAGUGAAAUGAUAUUUUUACAGAUUUUAAUAAGUGUUGUUUGCGUUUCAUCAUACGUUCCUACUCCGUCACAAGCAUGUGUCAAUGUAAUAAUCGAGUUUCAUAAUUGUGGUACAGUUGGUCAUGUUUGCCCGAAUACCAAUCUAAGUUGUUCAGCAAGUGUAUGCAGUACAGAUCCUUCUAUUCAACUGCCUAAUCCGCACACAGGCAUAUCAGGAUCUUCUGGUGCAUCAAUCGAUGACAUCAUAUACCCUGAUAGUCUUCCAUUCAGCAUUACUCUGUGUGGAACAACAACAAAUCAGGUGACGGUGACAUCGACUGACGUAUUAUGUCUUAGAGGUUGCUCGACUGCUUUUACUGAAACUGCUUUACCCAAGAGUCUCUUUAAUGGAACAACAGUUUUCCUAUUAUGCGAUGAUCUCUAUAUUUAUGCAGACACCUCACAAGGAAUUUAUUAUCAAGCUGAUAGUCAGGCUUCAAAUCGUACAUUGACCUUUGAAUAUUAUAUGAGUCAUUAUAGUCAACCUACACAACUUUAUCAGUUUCGUGUCAAGUUCUUUGAGACUGCACCUGGUAUUGUUCAAUUCAAAUUUUUCUACGAUGUCGAUGGUGACAGUAGUUGUACGGUUGGUGUACAGAAUUCCUAUAGUGGUCCAUUCAUGCAAUAUUCAUACAAUCAGACCAACUCUGUACACCCAAAUAUGACUCUUACAUUCAAUACCAACCUUGGAGCAUAUACUCAUACAGCUGCAUGCUAG